AUAUUGUUGUCGUAUCGCCAAUCCUGUUAAGCGAAAAUCCAUCCGAUACUCAAUCUACGCCACGUAGAACGCACAAGGAUAUACAACACGCGUUCUUUGCUAAAAAAUAAAAAUUCUGAAAAAAAUCUUGUCGCCUUGGCAAAUAGUAGGGCGUUUCACAGGUUGCUGGACGGAUAGAUGCCUCGAAGGACAUAUCCAGACAUCAUGAAUGCGGCACCAAAAUGAAGGCCGUAGCUUCAGUGAUUCGGAAAAACGAAGAGAACUGGGUCAUAUGAGGCUUCAAGCACGAUUAUAUACGGCAGGCUGGCGGCUUGGCUCACGACGAUGCCACCUCUCAAACGGCUGGCAAGCGCCGCUAAUGCUGCGACCAGCAUCAUACUCAGCACCUACGAUGAUUACAUAGCGAAGCGUGACUCUACACAGGCUGUUGAGACGACCGAUACGCAUACUCUAGCCGUCAUGUGUGUUUCCCUAUCGUUUGCCAUCGUCAGCGUGCUAUCUGCUCAAUUUGCCUUCUACUGGUUUGUUCGGAUGAGGAGAGGCUUCCGUCAAGACAUGAUCAUGCUGUUGAUACAGAGCGACAUGGCCAAGGCUCUAUGGCUUAUCAUCAGCCCCUUAUUCUACUUCAUCACCAACCAACCCCUGAGUUCCCACUGGGCAUUUUGCCAGGUCUCUGGCUUUUUCCUCUCUGUUUCCAUCGAAGCCUCCGAUAUAGCCGUCCUGUUGAUAGCUAUUCAUACGACCCUAUUCAUUAUCCAAGGCCAGCAUACUGGCGCCAACUUCGGUCUUCAACCAUACCGUCGCGUUGCCUACACACUUUGGGCUACCGUACCCAUCAUCCUAGCCGCCAUUGUUCCAAUAACCGGAGCCAGCUUUGUCGACAACGGACCCUACUGUUACUUACCAGUAGAACCUAGCUGGUAUAGUGAUACACUUGCCUGGGGUCCCCGCUACUUCAUCUUUGGCUUCAUCAUUUUCACGUACACGGGACUGUAUUUAUAUGUUUACAUCAGCUUUCGACGCUUCGGAAAGGAUCAGAGAAGUGCCAGUACUAUGAGCUCAGUAUCCACUGGAUCACCUAAUCAUCGACAUUCAAAACACAGAUGGAGGAGUCGCAGUGUGCCUGCGACACCGCCUUUGACAACCCAUGGCCUGAUCGACUCUGCACACAACAGUAUGUCCAGGCACAGCCCACCAAGGUUUCGGCAGUACUCGGACGCGUCAACUGUGAGCACGUUAAAGAUUGGCGAGGGAAACUACCUGCUCAACGUGCCUAAAAAGGUGGAGCGCCGGAAUUCUAUUACUUGGAAUUUGGUCGACUUUGGACGUGACAAGCCUAUAACCACAACGAGCAUCUCACCACCUGUUGAUAUCACCCCUCACAGUCCCACGAUAGAGCUCUUCAGAUCAAGCUCUGAUGAAAUUACUGAUGAUAGCAAUGCCGUGAUUGACACACCUAUAGCCCCUAUUCCCACCCCGGAGCCAGCACAUAUUACCGGCGAUAAUGACGUUGAGUCGUUAUCACACAUCCAGCCUAGCAUACAGCGGAACAGGUGGCAACAACGGAUUCAUGCACGUCACUCGGACAUAGGUCCGAGGAAUUCGCUCGCGAAUAUUAUAACAGCACUACGGCAAGGGCCUCAUUGGCCCACUACGACAUCAUCGGCGCAUCUGGACGACGCGGAAGCGGGCGUCGCCUACAAAGAGGAAGAGGCGGAGGAACCCACCACGACCGGCUCGUCAUCCGUCCACUUACCGACGGAAGAAUCCGAAGAAGCAAUGCGGCGUUCCCGGGGCCGAAUGCAGCGGCAGCUGCGGCUGCUCUUCGUGUACCCGGCGAUCUACCUGCUGACGUGGAUCGCGCCGUUCGUGGCGCACGCAUACCAGUACGACGACAGGUACAGCAAAGCAGCCUACUUCGCCACGGCGGCACUGAACAACGACCCCCUAGCAACAGCAACAGCAACAGCGACGAGUCCCUCGAUAACCGUUCUCGCCGCCCAUCGUAUCCUAACAACAGCAGCGACGCCAUCACCGUCGCUCCUCCCCUACGAGCCCCUCGCCCUCCGCAUCGUCAGCAUGGCGACACUGUGCAUCGGCGCGGCCGUCGACUGCGCCUUCUUCAGCGCCUGGGAGCGGCCCUGGAAACACCUGCGCGGCGGCUUCUGGGAGAACCUGGCGAAGCGCCUGCGCAUCCAGCGUCUAUGCGGCGGGAGGAACGCCGGCGGUGGCUUCGCGGGGCGGAACCGCGACGAGCGCGUCGUGGACGAGAGAGUGGCGCGCACGAGACGGGAUAGGGAGAUGGGGCUCGAGCUUAGGUCGAAUAUCGCUUCUGCUGCCGGCGGUCGGAUUAGUAGUAGUACUGCUGGGGAGCGAAGUGAAGGCGGGGUCGUGGGUGAUGUGGCGAGAGGUGAAGGAAGCGCGGGUAGGAGGAGGGAGUGGUGGGAUGUCUUGGACGAGGCGGCUUCAUGACCUGUGCCUGUUUACCUUGUCUGCCUAACCUGCGUCUUCAUCUCGACGGCCCUGUCUAAUGAUCCGCUAUAUUGCAAUACACUUAGAACGACGAGGAAAAAUCGGGACUUGGUGUCAUUGCUUUGUAGGUUUGUUGAUGGGGCUGUGGCUGCUCUCUAUCAAACUAAUAUCCUUCGACCUUUUCUUGUUUCUUCUCUCGUUAGAUGAUACCCCGGGUUAUAAGACCCUCUGCAUACAUGUAAUUUGUCCAGUUGUUAUUACUCCUUCAUGGAUGGUAUGUUACGUCGAUCACUAUUGGGGCUGAGGCGUUGCGCAGUGGUGUGUAUAUUAAUUAGAUUGGAUAAGAAGGAUUGAGCCCAACUUACAGAUACAUGCUUCGUUCGAUUAGAUUGCAUCGGGAGUAAGGUAUUCAUUCUCACAUGGAUUUUCUGUAUUCGUUAUCACAGUAUGACGAGAUAAGUUUUGACGGCCAUGGCAGGCCUGAUUUGAUAGUUGCACCGCUGGAUAUAGUCAUGUGGUGUGGUUGAGUCACAGAAAGCUGCAUUCUUCACUUGAUGAGUGACAAACUUUGAUUACAUGCAUAUAUUCUUUAUUCAUAUGCACUGGCUUAAUCAUAUGAAAA